AUGCGUGCAUCAACAAAUGUUGUGGAUGUAAAAGAUGACUACGCAGAUAGCACAAGCAAUGUUGGUGGUAAAUACAAGGCAUGGGCAUUGAUAAUAGCGGCAGCAUGGGUAGUAUAUGGGAUAUACAAUGCGCUGUUUGAGGAUUCAAAUGUAUGGAUUGAAGUUCUGAUUAUGAUACUAUUUGCAAUGCCAUCUUUGAUUGAAGUCAAGGCAUGGCUGGAUGAAGAUAAUGGGUACAGUGACGGCAAUGAAGAAAGCCAUGCGCAUGAAGAAAUAGAAGAAAAAGAUCGUGUGCACCACGAUGGAUAUGCCGAUCGCAUUCGUAAUCAUUACAAAGGAAAAAAUAAUGGCGAUGUGAAUAUUGACGAUGAUCAGAAUGCUGAACGUAAACAUGAAGAUAAUGACAAUAAAGAAGAGGGGGAAUACAAAAGGCCAGGGCUUGUAAGUAGAUGGAUAUAUAGAUUGUUGAAUGUUGCAAUAUGUGUGUACUUGUUUAUUACAUGCGUUAUGGCAUUCAAAAAAAACAUUCAGGAGAAGAUGUCGCUGCUGUCCAUAGCUGUUCUUACAGUUGAGGACAUGGUACGAAUGGGAUAUUCAAUGAUAGCGGCAAGGAAUGGCAAAGGAUGGAUACAAUUGAUAGCGUUUGUGAGCAUGUGUAUUGUUUCUGGCGUGAUUUGGGUAGGAAUAGCAAUCGGGUUGAUUGAUUGA